UUGAACGCAUUCAAGGUCUUUUCUCGUUCACGCCUUUGAAAUCUUUUUGACCCCUCCCACUUCACGGUCUCCUAGCAGCAGAGCCCAGGGGCCGCUCCUGAUUGGUCCAUUUCCAAGAAUCCGCCAUAUUCAAACUUCCGCCGUGCUGUGUGUUCUGUUGUCAUCGAUCGCUUCUGUCUUUUGUACAAAACAAGUCACUUUUUAUUCCUUUAGACUGUCAAUCUUUACUCUUUUUCACGAUAUUUUACCCCAGCUACCAAUUUCAAAGCCAAGUCUCGUGAAAAUGGAAGAAAACGAGGAUAUCUGCGGAACUAUGGGUAAUAGAAAAAGACUUCGUAGAGCGUCAUCACGGACGUCCACCACCAGUAUCAUCAGCGUUACCGAGCCAUCCCCUAAACUGCUCCGGAGAAACAGCUCAAAGAAACAUGUUCUACAAAGGGGCAGUUCCUUCACAUUUCUGACACCUGGGACACCAUGGGAAUUUGGUCUAAAGAGAAAACGUAAAGACAAAGACGAUGACACAGUCAGUUUGUCAAGUUUUGACUUGAAGGAACCAAACAACAAACGUGUGCGGUCAUUAGCCAAAGUUUCAUCCCUUGUCAGUUUGAUUUCACCUUCAAAAAAUGGAGCAGUUCGCCGCUUUGGACAAACAAUCCAGUCCAUGUCUUUACGAAGUGACAGCAAGUCUCCUGGGAUGACGCUAAAAGGGAGUAGCAAAGCAGCUGGUCCUACACCGACCAAACGGCGAAACAGCACGCUGUGGUCUGAGACCCUGGAUGUACAUCAGAAGAGCACAUUCUCCACCAAAGAGAUCAAACGACAAGAAGCAAUUUAUGAGCUGUACAGAGGAGAACAAGAUCUGAUUGAAGAUCUGCAACUUGCCAGAAAGGCAUACCAUGAUCCCAUGUUGAAGCUCUCCAUCAUGACUGAAGAGGAAUUAACUCACAUAUUUGGAGACCUAGAUGCAUAUAUCCCUUUACAUCAGGCUCUUUUAAUGAAACUAACUGAAGGGACAGGUCCUGAUGGAACAGUAGCUCAAAUUGGACAAAUUGUAAUAGAGUGGCUGCCAGGCCUGAAUGCAUACAAAGGCUACUGCAGUAACCAGCUCGCAGCAAAAGCCCUCUUGGACAUGAAGAAGCAGGACAAGCGAGUGCAGGACUUUCUGCAGCGGUGCCUUGAGUCCCCAUUCAGCCGAAAACUGGACCUCUGGAGCUUCCUGGACAUCCCACGUUCACGACUGGUCAAAUAUCCUUUGCUGCUCAGGGAGAUACUCAGACACACUCCUCCUGAUCAUCCAGAUGUGGCCAGUCUGGAGAGGGCUAUAACCAUAAUCCAGGACAUAUUGUCUGAUAUAAAUGUGAGAAAAGGAGAGUCUGAAUGCCAGUAUUACAAAGAUAAACUUGAAUACUUGGAUGAGAAGCAGUGGGACUCUGUCAUUGACACCUGUAAGACCCUCCUCUGCCAUGGUGAACUACGCAACAAGAGUGGCUCAAGGCUGCAUGUGUUUCUGUUCUCUGAGUUGUUGGUCUUGACCCGUCCCGUGACUCGAAAUGAGAGGAGCUGUUUUCAGGUUUAUCGUCAGCCCAUCCCAGUCCGGGACCUGGCUCUGGAGGACCUGCAAGACGGCGAGAUCCGCAUGGGUGGUUCUUUCAGAGGGGCCUUUGUAGCUGGAGAAAAAGCUAAAAAUGUCUUUCGGGUGAGCUCCCUGGAUCCAUCUCACGGCCAGUCGCAUACACUGCAUGUCAACGAUGUCUACCACAAGCAGCAAUGGCUGAACUGCCUGCGCACUGCCAUAGCCCAACAUCAGAAGGCACCAUCUAAAGGUCAGGGGGAGAUUGUCGCACCUAAACGAAGCUCUUCUACUUCCUCAUUCACUAUUAAAGAUGGUGAGGAAGAAAUUGAUGAAAACUGCCCUCCUCCCGCCUCAGGCCCCAAGUUAAGACCCCAGACAGUCUCUAAAACUGGACUGGAUCAGAAAUCACAAGGCACUGUAAAGAGAAAGGAAACCGGAGUCUAGACUUGUUUUAACAAUGAGCCCCUUCAUACUAAGUACACCUCACAUGAGCCUAGUGUGAUUUCCUCAACCACUGCUGGUUUUAUUUUGUUGUCUGUAGCUGCACUGAUAAAAGCUUCUGCAACUGUUUCCGUCCAAGUCUUAUAUUUCACCUAAACAUUUUGUAUUUAGUUUACAAAAUACGCUUUUGUGAUAUCUGGUUAUGUUUACACGUGUCAAUUAGGGUUUUAUACAUUUGCUAGUUUUACAACUUGUUACUGCCUCAAUUCCUAUUUUUUAAAAAUAAUCAAAUGGCAGUGCUAUUUCAAUUGUGUGUGUGUGCUGUUUUCUGUUAUCUGUGGGAUCAAAAAUGGAAAAAAGUACUAAGUAAAAAAUACUCUAAUUCAGAAAUUGUAAACUGAAAAAUGGCUAACACAAAUGCGACAGAAAAAUAAAAUCAUUAG